AUGGCGCUCAGCACCCGCCUUGCUUCACCCCUCUGGCCUGCUCUGGCAGCUCUGUGCCAGGCAGCCCCCAGGCAGCACCGGAGGCUCAGCACCUCCCCAGGACUGGGGCACACGCUCGACCUUGGGGGCAUCUUCCCGCCCCUUGCCACCCCCUUCUCGCCCACACAGGAGGUGGACUAUGCCCGACUGGAGGAGAACCUGCGCCGCUACGCCAGCAUCCCCUUCCGAGGGCUGGUGGUGCUGGGCUCCAAUGGGGAGUACCCCUACCUGACACCCCCUGAGCAGCUGGAGGUGGUGGGCUGUGUGCGCCGGGCUCUGCCCAAGGACUGCCUGCUGCUGGCUGGCUCGGGCUGUGAAUCCACCCAGGCCACCAUCAAGCUGACAGUCAGCAUGGCAGAGGCAGGGGCUGACGUGGCGCUGGUCGUGACACCUUGCUACUACCGGGGUGCCAUGACCAGCACUGCCCUGAUGCAGCACUACACUGAGGUUGCAGAUGCAUCCCCCAUCCCCGUGGUGCUCUACAAUGUCCCUCCCAACACCGGCCUGGACCUGCCCCUGGAGGCCGUGCUCACCCUGGCUCAGCACUCCAACAUUGUUGGGAUCAAGGACAGCAGUGGGGACAUCACCCGCAUGGGGCUGAUGGUCCACAAGACGCAGCAGGAGGAUUUCCAGGUGCUGGCAGGAUCAGCUGGCUUCUUGCUGGCAAGCUACGCCCUGGGUAGGUGCUGCUGACCCUCCUUGGCCAGGGGCACAGGGUGCUGCCCUGGUGGCACCCUGGGGCCCCCCGUGUGCCAGCUGGCCCGCCUGUGCCGUGAGGGCCACUGGCAGGAGGCCCGUGACCUGCAGCAUCGGCUCAUUGAGCCCAACACAGCGGUCACCCGCCGGUUCGGGAUCCCAGGACUGAAGAAGGCCAUGGAGUGGUUUGGCUACUACGGGGGUCCCUGCCGUGCACCCCUGGCCCCACUGAGCCCUGCUCAGAUUGAAGAGCUCAGGAGCACCUUCAGUGCCAAUGGCUGGUUGUGA